GGGGCGCGGCGGCCGCGGCGAGAGCCGUCGCGCGGGCGGGCGCACUUUCUCCUCAGCGUCGGGCGCGGGCGGUGGUGACAGGGGCUCCUCAGCGUCUGCGACCCCUCACAGAGCGUUGCGGGACCGGCUCUCGGCGGCGGGGACGGGAGCGGCGGCGGGCGUUUCCCCGCUGACAACUUCGCGCCCCCUCACGCGGGGCCCGGACGCCGCCCCUCAGCCCAGAGCGCGCUCCCGCGUCGAGCGGCCGCCCCGCGUCCCCUGCCCGUCCCGCGGCGCCGGGUGGCGGCGGCUGCUCGGCAUGGUCCGGGGCGGCGGCGCGGCGGCUCCUGAGCGCGUUGGCCCGGGGCGACCGCGGGGGGCUCCGCCCGCCAGCGACCCCGAGACCCCCGGCCGGGACGCGGGGCGCCGGGCGGCAAAGUUCUGCCCGGGCCGCCGCGGGUGGUGGGCUCUGCUCACGCUUCAGAUGCACUUGGUGCGGGCGCUGGCGCAAGAUGAUGUAGCACCUUAUUUUAAAACUGAACCAGGCCUGCCACAGAUUCACCUAGAAGGGAACCGCCUUGUCCUCACCUGCCUUGCAGAAGGGAGCUGGCCUUUGGAAUUCAAAUGGAUGCACAAUGACAGUGAGCUCACCACCUACAGCACGGAAUAUAAGUACAUUAUUUCAUCGUUACAGAAGCAUGAUGCUGGGUUUUACCGCUGUGUGGUGCGAAACAGAAUGGGAGCGCUGUUGCAAAGAAAAUCAGAAGUUCAAGUUGCAUAUAUGGGAAAUUUCAUGGACACAGACCAGAGGAAAAUGGUUUCUCAAGGACAUGCAGCAGUUCUCAACUUACUGCCCAUCAAUAGCUGCCCCAGACCUCAAGUAACUUGGUUUAGAGAAGGGCACAAGAUUAUUCCAAGCAACAGAAUAGCCAUCACACUAGAGAAUCAGCUGGUGAUCCUUUCCACAACAGCGAGUGAUGCUGGGGCUUACUACGUGCAGGCCGUCAACGAGCGGAAUGGGGAAAACAAGACAAGCCCCUUCAUUCAUCUGAGCAUAGCAAGAGAUAUGGGCACACCUGAAGCCAUGGCCCCCGUCAUUGUGGUUGCCCCAGGCAACAGGAGCGUGGUAGCUGGGUCCAGUGAGACCACCUUGGAGUGCAUAGCCAGUGCCAGGCCUGUGGAAGAGCUGAGUGUGCACUGGAAGAGAAAUGGCGUAAGACUCACUAGUGGACUCCACAGCUUUGGAAGACGCCUCACCAUUUCCAAUCCGACUUCUACAGACACAGGGCUGUAUGUCUGCGAGGCAACACUGCGGGGGAGUGCUUUCGAGCCAGCCAGGGCCAAGGCUUUCCUUUCUAUCAUAGAGCCACCGUAUUUUACUGCGGAACCUGAGAGUCGGAUUUUAGUUGAAGUGGAAGAAACCGUGGACAUCAUGUGUCGAGCUAUGGGGGUCCCUCUUCCCACCCUCCAGUGGUACAAGGAUGCUGUCUCUAUCAACAAGCUCCAGAACCCUCGGUACCAAGUACUGCCCAGCGGAGGCCUACGCAUCCAGAAGUUGCAUCCAGAGGACUCUGGAAUAUUCCAAUGCUUUGCCAGUAAUGAAGGAGGGGAGAUCCAGACCCAUACCUACCUAGAUGUUACCAAUGUUGCCCCAACAUUUAUCCAGUGUCCAGCUGAUACCACAGUGACUGAUGGGAUGACAGCUGUCCUACGGUGUGAAGUGUCUGGGGCUCCCAAGCCUGCCGUCACAUGGAAGAGAGGAAACAACAUUUUGGCCAGUGGCUCUGUCCGGAUUCCUAGGUUCAUGCUGCUGGAAUCUGGGGGUCUGCAAAUAACCCCUGUGUUCAUCCAGGAUGCUGGCAACUACACCUGCUAUGCGCUCAACACGGAAGGCUCUCUGAACGCGUCUGCGACGCUCACCGUGUGGAAUCGAACCUCUAUCAUUCACCCUCCUGAGGACCGUGUGGUGAUUAAGGGGACUACGGCCGCCCUACACUGUGGAGCCACUCACGACCCCCGGAUUUCUCUCCGCUAUGUGUGGAAGAAGGACAACGCAGUCAUCACCCCAUCUAGCAGCUCUAGAAUUGUGGUGGAGAAGGAUGGCUCCCUCCUCAUCAGCCAGACAUGGUCUGGUGAUAUCGGAGACUAUACCUGUGAAAUCGUAUCUGAGGGAGGGAAUGAUUCUAGGACAGCCCGGCUAGAAGUGAUUGAACUGCCCCACCCACCUCAGAACCUCCUGGCCAGCCUGAGCCCCUCACACAGCCAUGCCGUGGUGCUUUCCUGGGUCCGGCCCUUCGAUGGGAACAGUCCUGUUCUUCACUACAUUGUGGAGCUGUCUGAAAACAACUCUCCCUGGAAAGUACACCUUUCAGAUGUUGGUCCAGAGAUGACAGGCAUCACCGUGAGUGGCCUGACCCCAGCUCGCACAUAUCAGUUCCGGGUGUGCGCUGUGAACCAAGUGGGCAAGGGCCAGUACAGCACAGAAACAAGCAGGUUGAUGUUACCUGAAGAACCACCCAGUGCUCCCCCGAAAAACAUCGUGGCCAGUGGGCGCACCAACCAGUCCAUCAUGGUGCAGUGGCAGCCUCCCCCAGAAACAGAGCAUAACGGGGUGCUGCGUGGAUAUAUCCUAAGGUACCGCCUAGCAGGACUGCCUGGGGAACAUCAGCAGAGGAAUAUCACCAGCCCGGAAGUGAAUUACUGCCUGGUAACAGACCUGAUCAUCUGGACACAGUAUGAAAUCCAGGUGGCUGCAUACAAUGGGGCUGGCCUGGGCGUCUUCAGUAGGGCUGUGGCUGAGUACACCUUACAAGGAGUGCCCACUGCGCCCCCACAGAAUGUGCAGGCAGAAGCUGUAAACUCCACCACUGUCCAGUUCCUCUGGAAUCCACCUCCGCAGCAGUUCAUCAACGGCAUCAACCAGGGAUAUAAGCUUCUAGCGUGGCCAGCAGAUGUCCCCGAAGCAGUGACUGUGGUCACCAUUGCCCCAGAUUUCCACGGAAUCCACCACGGGUACAUCACGAACCUGAAGAAGUUUACUGCUUACUUCACCUCCGUUCUGUGCUUCACCACGCCAGGGGACGGGCCCCCGAGCACACCGCAGCUCGUGUGGACUCACGAGGACAAACCAGGAGCUGUGGGCCACCUGAGCUUCACAGAGAUUCUGGACACAUCUCUCAAAGUCAGCUGGCAGGAGCCUCUGGAGAAGAAUGGCAUCAUUACGGGCUAUCGGAUUUCCUGGGAGGUAUAUGGGAAGAAUGAUUCUCGACUCACACACACUCUCAACAGUACGACCCAUGAAUACAAAAUCCGAGGUCUGUCAUCCCUCACCACCUACACCAUCGAGGUUGCUGCAGUGACGGCUGCGGGCAUGGGCCUGGUCACCACCUCCACCAUCUCUUCUGGAGUGCCCCCAGACCUUCCUGGUGCACCAUCCAACCUGGUCAUUUCCAACAUCAGCCCUCGCUCCGCCACACUUCAGUUCCGACCAGGCUACGAUGGAAAGACGUCCAUCUCCAGGUGGAUUGUGGAAGGGCAGGUUGGUGCUAUCGGCGAUGAGGAGGAAUGGGUCUGCCUCUACGAGGAGGAGAAUGAGCCUGAUGCCCAGAUGCUGGAAAUCCCAAACCUCACGCCAUACACCCACUACAGAUUUCGAAUGCGCCAAGUAAACAUCGUUGGUCCCAGCCCCUUCAGCCAGUCAUCCCGUGUGAUCCAGACCCUGCAGGCCCCACCUGACGUGGCUCCCACCAGCAUCACCGUGCGGACAGCCAGUGAGACCAGCCUGCGGCUGCGCUGGGUGCCCCUGCCUGAUUCCCAGUACAAUGGGAACCCUGAGUCCGUGGGUUACCGAGUGAAGUACUGGCGCUUAGACCUCCCAACCUCUGCACUGGCCCAAGUCGUCAAUGACCGGCUGGAGAGGGAGCUCACUAUCGAGGAGCUGGAGGAGUGGACGGAAUAUGAGCUGCAGAUGCAGGCCUUCAAUGCCAUCGGGGCCGGGCCGUGGAGCGAGGUGGUGCGAGGUCGGACGAGAGAGUCAGUUCCUUCAGCCGCCCCUGAAAAUGUAUCUGCAGAGGCUGUCAGCUCAACCCAGAUUUUACUGACAUGGGCAUCUGUCCCUGAGCAGGACCAGAACGGGCUCAUCCUGGGCUACAAGAUCCUGUACCGAGCCAAAGACCUGGAUCCUGAGCCCAGAACUCAUGUCGUGCGAGGGAAUCACACACAGUCAGCGCUUCUGGCUGGCCUGCGCAAGUUCGUGCUGUAUGAGCUCCAGGUGCUGGCCUUCACUCGCAUUGGAAAUGGGGUUCCCAGCUCACCCUUCAUCCUGGAGCGAACCAAAGAUGAUGCCCCAGGCCCUCCAGUGAGGCUGGUGUUCCCCGAAGUGCGACUCACCUCAGUGCGGAUCGUGUGGCAGCCCCCAGAGGAGCCCAACGGCGUGAUUCUGGGAUACCAGAUCGCCUAUCGCCUGGCCAGCAGCCGCCCACACACAUUUACCACCGUGGAGGUUGGCGCCACUGUGCGACAGUUCACAGCCACCGAGCUGGCCCCAGAGUCUGCAUAUGUCUUUAGGCUCUCAGCCAAGACAAGGCAGGGCUGGGGGGAGCCACUGGAGGCCACAGUCAUCACCACCGAGAAGAGAGAGCGGCCAGCGCCCCCCAGAGAGCUCCAGGUACCCCAGGCAGAAGUGACUGCACGUAGCCUCCAGCUCCAGUGGGUCCCAGGCAGUGAUGGGGCCUCUCCCAUCCGUUACUUCACCGUGCAGGUGCGAGAGCUGCCUGGGGGCGAGUGGCAGACCUACUCUUCAUCCAUCAGCCAUGAUGCUACAGCUUGCGCCGUGGAAAGGCUGAGACCCUUCACCUCCUACAAGCUGCGCUUGAAAGCUACCAAUGACAUUGGAGACAGCAACUUUAGUUCAGAGACUGAGGCGGUCACGACACUGCAGGAUGUUCCAGGAGAGCCUCCAGGGUCUGUCUCUGCUACACCGCACACCACUUCCUCUGUGCUGAUCCAGUGGCAGCCUCCAAGGGAUGAGAGCCUCAAUGGGCUUCUGCAGGGAUACCGUAUCUACUACAGGGAGUUGGAGUCUGAAGCAGGCACCAGCCCAGAGGCCAAGAUGCUCAAAAGCCCUUCCGCACUGCGAGCUGAGCUCACAGCCCAAAGCAGCUUCAAGACCGUGAACAGCAGUUCCACGUUAACAACGUAUGAAUUAACACAUCUGAAGAAGUACAGGCGCUAUGAAGUGAUCAUGACCGCCUACAACGUCAUCGGCGAGAGUCCUGCUAGCGCGCCUGUGGAAGUCUUUGUCGGUGAGGCAGCCCCAGCAAUGGCCCCACAGAACAUCCAGGUGACCCCACUCACAGCCAGCCAGCUGGAGGUCACAUGGGACCCGCCACCUCCAGAGAGCCAGAACGGGAACAUCCAGGGCUACAAGAUCUACUACUGGGAGGCGGGCAACCGGAACGAAACAGAGAAGAUGAAGGUCCUGUUCCUCCCUGAGCCCACAGUGAAGCUUAAGAACCUGACCAGCCACACCAAAUACCUGGUCAGCAUAUCUGCCUUCAACGCUGCUGGUGAUGGGCCCAGGAGCGACCCCCGGCAGGGGCGUACCCAUCAGGCCGCUCCUGGGGCCCCCAGCUUCCUGGCAUUCUCAGAAAUCACCUCCACCACACUGAAUGUGUCCUGGGGGGAGCCGGUAGCAGCCAACGGUGUUCUUCAGGGCUACCGAGUGGUAUAUGAGCCCUUGGCACCUGUCCAAGGUGUGAGCAAGGUGGUGACAGUGGAUGUGAAAGGGAAUUGGCAACGCUGGUUGAAGGUGCGUGACCUCACCAAGGGAGUGACCUACUUCUUCCGUGUCCAAGCACGGACCAUCACCUACGGGCCUGAGCUCCAAGCCAAUGUCACGGCCGGUCCAGCUGAGGGGUCCCCAGGUUCCCCUAAAGAUGUCUUGGUCACCAAAUCCACCUCGGACUUGACCCUGCAGUGGACUGAGGGCAGCCCUGGCAACUCACCCACCACUGGCUUCGUCAUAGAGGCCAGGCCUUCAGAUGAAGGUUUAUGGGACAUGUUCGUGAAGGACAUUCCCCGGAGCGCCACAUCCUACACCAUCAGCCUGGAUAAGCUCCGGCAAGGAGUGACAUACGAGUUCCGGGUGGUGGCUGCCAAUGAGGCGGGAUAUGGAGAGCCCAGCAGGCCCUCACCAGCGGUAUCAGCCCAAGUAGAAGCCCCAUUCUACGAGGAGUGGUGGUUCCUGCUAGUGAUGGCGCUCUCCAGUCUGAUCAUCAUCCUGCUGGUGGUGUUUGCCCUGGUCCUGCAUGGACAGAACAAAAAGUACAAGAGCUGCGGUGCAGGUAAGAGCAUCUCCAACAUGGAGGAGUCUGUGACCCUGGACAAUGGGGGAUUUGCCGCCUUGGAGCUCAACAGCCGCCACCUCAAUGUCAAGAGCACCUUCUUGAAGAAGAAUGGGACCAGGUCCCCACCCCGGCCAAGCCCCGGUGGACUGCGCUACUCUGAUGAGGACAUCUGCAACAAAUACAAUGGUGCUGUGCUCACGGAGAGCAUGAGCCUCAAGGAGAAGUCAGUGGGCACAUCGGAAUCUGAGGCCUCCGACUCGGACUAUGAGGACGCACUGCCCAAACACUCCUUUGUCAACCACUACAUGAGCGACCCCACCUACUACAACUCCUGGAAGCGGAGGCCCCCUGCCGCAGCGCCUCACAGGUACGAGGCAGUGGCAGGGGCUGAGGCGGCUCAGCACCCACACCCAGUCAUCACCACACAGAGUGCGGGCGGAGUCUACACCCCAGCUGGCCCUGGCACCCGGGCCCCUCUCACCGGCUUCUCUUCCUUUGUGUGACCCCAGGCCAACACCGGGCAAGACGGAUGCGGACCUUCCGGAGUCUAUUUUUGUUAAGACAACCAACUCCAGGAACUGAGCUGAGGUUUUUGUUUAAAAAGAAAAAAUUCUGAUAAGCGCGAUUUUACCUACUCGUGAACACUAGAUUUCAAUUAGGAAGGUUUUUUUAAUGGCUUUUUGUAACACCACUGCAGAAAGCAGGGCUCUUUGUUGUUUUCUUUUCUUUUUAAGAGAAGGUUUGCCCCUGGUGCAGUGGCUCGGCACCACCCAGCCCUGGGCUUCUCAUCCUCCAAGCCACCAGAGGUGACAAGAGACAGGAGGUGGGGUCCUCGGAAUGGAGCCCGGGCCUGCUCCAUCUCUACCUCCUCUUCCCAGAACCAGCUCUGUAUUUGGACAACUCGGGCUCCUGGUUUGCUGGCUCACUUGCUGCUGGGGUGUAGUGAGCAGGCACUUUGACCAGGGCUCAGUUAGAGUUUUGUGGCCCAACUCAGACCAGUUCAGAGAUUUUCUCACUCCGCAGUUUCCAGGUGAAAAAUCAGCUUUAAGGUGUCUGGAGUGGGGUGCAUUAGGGGUGAGCAGUUGGAAGGUGGUGUCCUCCACUCUGCCGGGGCUCAGCUUGGCUUCUGUCAUUCUGGUGGUGAAAUAUUCAGGGCUUUACUUUCUUCCCUUCUUUCUUUCAAGUUGACAGAGCAGGAACAAGACCUCCUCCCCUCGCUCCCAGGCCAGCCAGGUCCUUCAGUGAACUUCCUGUGACAGCACACGGCCCACCCCGCUGACAGACAGUGAGCCGGCAUUUGCAGAGUUGCUUGUUCUGUAGGAAGUGUGCAUUGUUAACCAGAGUAUUUUUUAAAUCUUUUUAUCUUUUUUUAAACUAUGUCACAUGAAAUGAAUGCAUCUUUGCUGUCUCCAGGUGCCUUUUUAUUAAUUGUUCAGCUUUGUACGUGGGAAAGAUGAGAAGCAACCGUAUCUCCAAAUAAAGCAAAACAGCUCUGAGACCCGGGCCCUUAGUCACCGCGUGCCCCCUGGGCUGGCCACCUAUGCACCUGGGGGAACAGUCCUCCCGUUCAUCCCCUUGCUCUUGACAGCUGCCCCUGCUUUGACUGCCAGCGCUGCUGCCCCAACCCCCAUUCACGGCCAGCUUGUAACCUUAACAGGUUUUCUGGGAACAGUUUUUCUUUAAUUGUCACUGUUUUAAUAUUUUUAGCUAAAUGAAAAUAGUAUGAGCUACUUUGGAACACUUAAGGGUUCUGACCACGGCUGUGCCUCUGGCCCUUCCCUCUCCUUUUGUGACAGGUAGCUGAGGUCAGUGCCUCAGCCAGGGACCAGGUCUGGCUGGAUGUGACCAGAGGGCUACUAAUACCAGGCAGCAUGUGCAGCCCAGUACUCAUGAGCACCCCACAUUUCCACCUUUUGGUGACACUGGUGACCCUCUGUCAAUGCCCGAAACACAGCGGGAUGAGGCAGGCAUCGUCCUCCCAGGGACCCCAGUGCCCAGAGGGUGGGGACUUGCUGGGCCAUCACCUGGCCAGUGUCACCAGGAAGCCAGUUCCAUGGCCACAUGUAGGCUAAGGGGUGGAUAGUGUCUGGAUUCCUGCUUUCGGAGUUUCCAGGUGUGGCCCCAGGAGACCAAGGAGAGGUUGUGUGGUGCUCCAUGUAUUGCAGGAACAUGCAGUUGAAGUUUUUGUGGAGGAAUUUCCAGAUAAGUACCCAAGGCUUCCCUAAAACAGGUGUGAAAAGAAUCCUCUCUCCCUUUCUAUUUUCCUCCCUCUCUCCUUUCCUUCUUUUUCUGGAUGGAAGGGGAAAUAUUCUAAACCAAAAAUCCCAGACGCUCUGCCCAAAGCCACUUCUGUGUGAGAACUGCCAUCCACAGUCCAAGGUCGGGGGAUGGCCUCAGUGGACAGAGCUGUCUCCUGCCCGUCACCCAGAAGCAAGGAGUGGACAGGAGACCACAGGGUGGCCACAUGAACUUCCAGGAAGAGAACCCUGCACGAAGAGCUGGGCCCCCACCGUGCACUUUGCUCCUAAGCCAUAAGGAAAUCGCUUUAAUGAAUGAGGACAGCGCUGAGGACACCUUGGUCUGCUGUGUGGUUUUGCUCUUGGUUUCUCAUGGCAAUGACGUGGCACUUUUUUUUCAGACUCCUAUUCCCUGUGCUCUCAGUAAACUUGUUUUUAUAAGCAGUGGUCUUCUGAGGCUGCUGUGGCCCCGUAGCUGCUGAGAAAUUGUUGUCAUUGACUGUGGUCCAGCCUGUCACUCUGAGGAACUGACCCGAAUGAGCUGCCUGCAUCCGAGGAGCAGGGCAGGAGCCUCCAAUUAGAUUUCCACCCUCAGAGCAGGGUGGACACUGAGGCGUGUUCCAUCCUCACCUCCCAUCUCCAGGGAGAAUAGGAAUGUGGACACUGGAUUGAAGCCUCCGUUUUGACCACAGGACAAGCAACAGUUCCAUAACUGAGGCGAGGAGAGGGUGUGCCUGUUCUCUCUCCAUGGAGCUGAAAGCCAGCCCUGAGCAGCUUCAGGACCAGCAGUCACCUCCCCGCAGCCACAGAAUCAGGAGUUAGGCUUGUGCUGCACAGUGAGUGGCCCUUCCCAGUGCACACGGUGGAGCCACAGGACAGGUACACGCAGGUGUCCAGAGAGGGCCCCUCUGUGUACAUGGGUCCUGACUGCCCUGUCUUCCCACCUGCCCCUCCAUCUCUCCCCUCCCUGCUUGUCUUACCCCAGAGGAAGAAGAUGAGAUGGAGGGUGGAAGCCUCUCCCUCACCGGCCCUGGGAGAAAGCACUCGAGACACCAGGCGCCAUGCAGAGUGCAUUUGCCACCCACGCGGAUGGCACUUGUUGUCAUAAAUGUCCUUCAAGGCUGCGCCUGUGCGUGAGUUCACCUGGCGUCAAGCAUGCGCUGGAGGUGCACUGUGGUGUGGAGCAUGGUUCUUCUUUUUACAUGUUUUGGGCGCACAGUGCAGCUGUCCCUGAUGAACAACUGUCUGCACACCUGGCCUGGACACCUUCAACUCUCAGAGCUUAGGAAGGUCCCAGGCAGAGGUGAGAACGGCAUGGAAAUGCACCGAGGUGCUCGUGUGCACCCAGUGCCACCUUCCCAUUUAGAGAGAGCUCAGGGCACUUCUGCAUUUCCCCUAAAACAUUGUCUGAAAUUGUACGGAAAACCAGAUUUCAUUUAAAAGAAAGGGACAAAAACACAAUCUAACAACUUGUAGGAAGGCAGAGAGGUGCUAUUGGUACAAUUUUUAAUAAAAAUAUUAUUUUGUUCCUUAA